AUGUUUACCAGAAGCCGACGCUUCGCUUCAUCUUCUUCAUCCUCCGACAAGAAUUCAAAUGAUUCAGUUGCAAACAAAAAGAUCAUCAACGCCGUCAAGACUCGUUUAACGAAGAAACGUCCCGCUCUCGCCGAAGUCACCAAUAACACAAAUGCCUCUCACGUCAAAACCUCUUUGGGUUCCGCAUCCAAACCUAUGGUUCCGUGUGCAUCCAAAACAGCAAAGACAAAGAAGGAUUCGAUUGCGAGUUCAAAGAAAAAUGUUAUGUCUAAGAACACUUUGCAACCUCCAUUGAGAGUAAAAUCAAGUGAAUUGGUGCCUGCUAAAGAGGCGUGUUUGACAAAAACUAGUCAAACGAAGUCUGAAGUUCAAACCUCCAUAGCGCCAAGUAGUGAUGGGGCUGUUUGUACUGAUUUUAAGAGUGUGGUCUGUGCUCCAAGAUGGAUGGACAUUUCUGCUAGUAACACCUUUAGUGGUUCUGUUUCACUAGAUGAGAGCAUGUCAACCACUGAUUCUUUGACGACUCCGGAAUUCAAAGACGAUGUUGCGUCGAUCAAAUCAAUUGAAAAUAGAACGUGCAACAUUCUCAAUAUUUCAGACUCUUCCAAAAUGGCAGGGAGAAUAGAAGAUAUUGACUCCGUACUGAAGUCAAGAGCAAAUGAAAUUGUUGACAUUGACUUCAAUAUCAAAGACCCACAGUUUUGUGCAUCCAUUGCCUGUGAAAUCUAUGAAAACUUGCGUGUAUCUGAGAAUUCUAAAAGGCCAUCUAUAGACUUCAUGGAGAAGAUACAGACAGACAUCAAUGCCGGCAUGCGGGCAAUACUUAUUGAUUGGCUUGUGGAGGUUGCUGAAGAGUCCAGACUUCUACCUGAUACACUAUUUUUGGCAGUUAACUACCUUGAUCGCUAUCUUUCAGGCAAAGCAAUGAACAGACAGCGGUUACAACUACUUGGUGUUUCCUGCAUGAUGAUUGCCGCUAAAUACGAGGAGAUCUGUUCCCCCAAGGUGGAGGAGUUUGUUUACACUACUGAUAAUACAUAUUCUAAGGAGCAGGUGUUGGAGAUGGAGUCCUCUGUGCUGAAUUUCUUGAAGUUUGAAAUGACAGCUCCUACGACUAGAUGUUUUUUGAGACGCUUCAUUACGGUUGCCCAACAAACAUGUGAGGUUCCAUUGAUGCAGUUGGAGUAUUUGGCCGACUAUCUAGCAGAGUUAUCACUUAUAGAGUAUGAUAUGCUUAAGUACACCCCAUCACUAAUAGCUGCAUCAGCCACUUUCUUGGCUAAAUACAUACUUCUUCCUAUGGAGAAACCUUGGAACUCCAUGCUAAGGCAUUACACAGGGUACCAAGCAUCAGAAUUGCAUGAAUGUGUCAAGGGACUGCAUUUGUUGUACUGCAAUGGCUAUCAUAAUCCACCUUCCAUUACUGCUAUCAGAGAGAAAUACAGUCAGCAUAAGUUCAAGUUUGUGGCGAAGAAGUAUUGUCCUCCAUCAAUACCAGUAGAAGUGUUUCACAACUGA